UUACUUCACGUCUGUGGACUGAUCUACAUGUUUGUAUCGCUGGCGAUUGUAUGUGAUGAGUUCUUCGUGCCAUCGCUCGCUGUUAUCACCGAGAAACUAGCAAUCUCUGACGAUGUCGCUGGUGCAACUUUUAUGGCAGCUGGAGUGCUACUUCACGUCUGUGGACUGAUCUACAUGUUCGUAUCGCUGGCGAUUGUAUGCGAUGAAUUCUUUGUGCCAUCGCUUGCUGUUAUCACCGAGAAGCUAGCAAUCUCUGACGAUGUCGCUGGUGCAACUUUCAUGGCAGCUGGAGGUAGUAUAGAGAAGAUUCUAAAUUCAUUCCUCUAUGUUCAUUCAGGAUCAGCUCCAGAGUUCUUCACAUCAGUUAUCGGCGUGUUCAUCGCUGAGAAUAAUGUUGGUAUUGGAACCAUAGUAGGAAGUGCUACUUUCAACAUUCUUUGUGUCCUGGCCUGUUGUACGCUAUUCUCCACGACAGUUUUACAACUAACAUGGUGGCCGUUAUUUAGAGUUUGUAUCCGAAUUUCCAAAAAAAAAUUUAUUUUCAGAGAUGUUUCCAUUUAUAUUCUAGCUUUACUCAUGCUUGUUUUGUUCUUCUUAGAUGAGAAGGUGGAUUUAUUUGUCAUUUGCAGGCCAUCACUGAUCAAUCGACGCCAAUCUAUUCCAAUCUUACACUCGGGAACAAUGUUUCGAACGGGAAUUAUGCAACUUAUGCAUCAAACCCUAGAUGAGGUUGCUGAAGAUGAGGAUUCAUACAGACGUUCACCAUCAUUGCCGGAGCUUGCAUCACCAAUUUCGCCAAGUCCCACGACUUUUGCCCUUCAGAAGUCUAUUCUUGAAGAAGAAGAAGAGCAGCCUUUGAAUAUGGAAUGGCCGGAUCGAUUUAUCAAACAAGUUACUUAUAUCUGUCUCGCUCCUGUACUUAUACCUAUGUGGGUUACCAUCCCAGAUGUUCGUCGACCGACAAGUCGUCAUUGGUAUCCAGUGACUUUUGUAAACUCAAUCCUAUGGAUUGCGUUUUUCUCCUAUUUGAUGGUGUGGUGGGCGAAUACUAUUGGUGAAACACUGGUUAUUCCAACCGAAGUAAUAGGACUGACAAUACUAGCAGCUGGCACCAGUAUUCCUGAUCUCAUUACAAGUGUGAUUGUUGCAAGGAAAGGUCUCGGGGACAUGGCCGUAUCAAGCUCGGUUGGAAGCAAUAUAUUCGACGUUUGUGUAGGCAAAGGCCUCCUAUGUUCGGUAGGAAUGCUGUUCAUUAUGCUAGUGGUGCUCGUCUUCUCCACAUUCAUCUCUCGAUGGCAAAUGAAUAAAGCAUUUGGCGUCAUCAUGAUCGUCUCCUACAUCGCAUUCUGCCUCUUCUCUGUUGCCCUCGAAACUGAUCGUAUCACAUGUCCAAUGAACCUCUGUUAA